AUGGCCCCCAAGCAACCCUUGCCAGGCCCUCACAUACCAGCUCAGCUCCGCUGCCAGACAGCCGUCUCCCCUCAUUUUGCUCACCACUCCGCCAUCCUUCCCAGCCACGCCUCCCAGACCCACUGGGCCUUUGACGAGAUCCCCAACUCACGCAGCAUCCCCCCAACAACCAAAAACCACCAGGACCAACCAGCACCACCACCACAUCCUCUGGCUUGCCCUGCAAUCACUCGCCCUUCCCCACCCUCUGAUCUCUUGCCCUGCCCCUCACCACUCGUCCCCGGGGCCAAUCAACAUCCUCAGCCCACCAUCCCCGCCAAUCCUCACCAGCAAGACCUGGGCCCCUUGUUGCCCAAGACCCAGCCGUCAUCCAAGCGGCUGGACUUCCGUACCUACAAGAGGAAGAGCGCGAGCACCGAGUUCAACAACCUUGACCGGCCAAGGAAACACUCCAGAACAGCGGCCAUUGACAUCUCUCCAGCUGCCCUAGCCACGUCCUGUCAUGCCAAAGCAACGACCAAUACAGCAAAUCCCCUGACCCGUCGACCCCGUAAAAGCACCACCGCACCCGGGCCACCAUUGUCGGUGUGUUGCCCAUGCUCCUGA